CAUCUAUCAACCUCACGAACUUUACUAUGUCCGAGAAGCAGCAGCAGCAGCAGGUCUACACCCCCGUCCCCGCUAACGGCGGCUGGCACCCCUCCCACACUCCUGCCGACAACCAGCCGCUGAACACGUUCGCCCCGGCCCCGGCGUAUGGCACAGCCCCGAUGCAGCCCACGCCGACGCAGGACGUCAAGGCUCUCCCCCCUCUUGAGCGGGGACACUCCGGCCAGCCUGGCCAGCCGGGGCAGCCGGGUCAGAUCGCGCCGGGACAGGCGGGCCAGAUGGCGUCGCUCCAAGUCUGCCCCGUCACCGGCGGCUCGCACGUCGAGAAGCGGCGGCCCGGCGUCAUCGGUCUCAUCAUCGGCAUCUGCUUCUGCCCGCUCGGGUGUAUUGCCAUCAUCUUCGACCAGGAGCGCAAGUGCAGGGAGUGCGGGUACGUGAUGGAGGAGGCUUGGGGCGGCUGCUGA